CAUUACAAGGGGAAGAGAUCGAACGAUAGCUCUUUAUGUGGCAAAACAUUCAAAGGUAAAUCUAGCCUCAACUCCCACUGCAGAAUCCACACAGAGGAGAAACCGUGUAAAUGCUUGGUGUGUGGAAAGAGCUUCAGUGACAGCUCAGUCCUAAAAUCACAUGAAAGAAUUCACGCAGGACAGGAAUCCUACAAAUGCUUGCAAUGUGGAAAGAGUUUCAGUCGUUACUCAAACCUUAGAAAACAUCAAGAAGUCCACAGCAAGGAGAAACCGCUUAGCUGCUUUGAGUGUGGAAAGACCUUCAGUCGCAACAGAAGCCUUACAGAACAUCAAAAAAAUCACACAGGGGAGAAACCGUAUAAAUGUUUUGACUGUGGAAAGAGUUUCCGUCACAGCUCAAACCUUGCAUCGCAUCAAAAAAUACAUACAGGGGAGAAACAAUAUAAAUGUUUGGAGUGCGGAAUAAGCUUCGCUCACAGCUCAGGCCUUACAUCUCAUCAAAAAAUUCACACCGGAGAGAAAUCUUAUAAAUGUUUGGAGUGCGGAAUGAGCUUCGCUCACAGCUCAGGCCUUACAUCUCAUCAAAAAAUUCACACCGGAGAGAAAUCAUAUAGCUGUUUGGAGUGCGGAAGAAACUUUGCCCAUCUAAUUAGCCUUACUUUACACAAGAGAACCCACACAGGUGAGAAACCAUAUAAAUGCUUGCAAUGUGGAAAGAGUUUCCGUCAGAGUCCACAUCUCAUUUCACAUCAGAGAACUCAUACUGGUGAGAAGCCAUAUAAAUGCUCAGAGUGCGGAAAGAGCUUCAGUCAGAGUUCACACCUCACUGUGCAUGUACGAUACCAUACAGGAGAAAAACCAUAUAAGUGUGUGACGUGUGGAAAGAGUUUCUGUACUAAUACAGAACUUAUUUGCCAUCACAGGAUCCAUACAGGGGAGAAGCCAUACAAGUGCUUUGAGUGUGGAAAGAGCUUCAGCCAGGGUAUUAGCCUUCAUAUACAUAAAAAAAUUCACAGCGGAGAAAGACCGUAUGCAUGUUUUGAAUGUGGAAAGAGCUUUGGCCAGAGUUCAAGCCUUAGCACACAUCAGAGAAUUCACAGAGGGGAAAAGCCUUAUUCUUGUUUUGAAUGUGGAAAGACCUUUACUUGCAGCUCAGCCCUUCGUUCUCAUCAUAAAACGCACGCAGGAAAGAAACCAUGUGAUGAACACAACAGUCAUCGUUCUCAGGUCUCAUCAGAAAGAACCAAGCGUGAAGUCAAGGGAAAGUUCAAAGGUAAAUCUAGCCUCAACUCACACUGCAGAAUCCACACAGAGGAGAAACAGUGUAAAUGCUUGGCGUGUGGAAAGAACUUCAGUGACAGCUCUGGCCUAAAAUCACAUGAAAGAAUUCACACAGGACAGGAAUUCUACGAAUGCCUAGAAUGUGGAAAGAGAUUCAAUCGCCGUUUCAACCUUAAAAUUCAUCAAGAAGUCCACAGCGAGGAGAAACCACAUAGCUGCUUUGAGUGUGGAAAGAGCUUCAGUCGCAGCAGAUGCCUUAAAUCGCAUGAAAAAAUUCACAGGGGGGUGAAACCAUAUACCUGUUUUGACUGUGGAAAGAGUUUCCAUUACAGCUCAGGUCUUCAAACUCAUCUAAGAAUUCACACAGGGGAGAAACAAUAUAAAUGUUUGGAGUGCGGAAUGAGCUUUGCUUACAAUUUGAGCCUUACAUCUCAUCAAAGAAUUCACACUGGGGAGAAGCCGUAUAAGUGUUUGGAGUGCGGAAGGAGCUUUGCUCACAGUUGUAGCCUUACUUCACAUAAGAGAACCCACACAGGGGAGAAACCAUAUAAAUGCUUGGAAUGUGGAAAGAGCUUCAGUCAGCGUGCACACCUUACUUCACAUAAGAGAACCCACACUGGUGAGAAGCCAUAUAAAUGCUUUGAGUGUGGGAACAGCUUCAGUCAGAGUUCACACCUUACUGUGCAUGAGCGAAUCCAUACAGGGGAAAAACCAUAUAAAUGUGUGACAUGUGGAAUGAGCUUUAGUAACUGCACAUACCUUGUUUGCCAUCGCAGAAUCCAUACAGGAGAGAAGCCAUAUAAGUGCUUUGAGUGUGGAAAGAGCUUCAGCCAGGGCACAAGCCUUACAUCACAUCAAAGAAUACAUACAGGGGAGAAACCAUAUAAAUGUCUGGACUGUGGAAAGAGAUUUGCACAUGGAUCUAGCCUUGCUUAUCAUAGAAGAACUCACAUGGGAUAAACCCUAUAUAUGCUUGGAAUGUGGGAACAGAUUUCGUCAGAUUUCCCAACUCAUUUUGCAUAAGUGAAUCAAGUGGCAAGAAAUAUUUAGAUGCCUGUAAUGAGGAAAGCACUUUAAUUGGAGCACCGUUGUUGCUAAACUUCAUGGAACUCAUACAGUAAUUCACAUGGGAGAAAUCAUACACCAGCUGUCACGAGGGUGCUGUCAACAGCUUACUGGCCUAGCUGCCUAGUGAAAUCAGUGGUGCAGAGAGUGUCUUUUACUACUUUCAUUUAAAUCAACAAAAAACCACAGAAACAUGGAAUGUGCGCCCUCAAAAACCUGUGCUGUUGCCUAGAGUGCCUGUUCCAUCCCCGACAGUUACUUCCUGGCAUUGAGACCCUUCCUGCUCUCUAUGGUGGCCGCUAAGGAAAUCCCUCUGUGUCUGUUUGGCUUUCUGCUCUGUGACACAAAGGGCAGGCCUGGUUGUAGGGGAAGGAGGGGAAUCUAGCAUACUAGAGGCAUCAUGUCACUUGACUGAUGUGAUAUUUCUAACACAACAUAUUCCUGUGUCUAUUCAGGGCUGGAGCACCUGCUAUCUAGCUCCUGUUGUUCCAUUGUUUCCCAGCUCCUUCCUUGUUCUGGGGUGUGUCCUGUCUCAAACCACCGCAAUCCUAGGUCCAUAUUCCCUUCCUCUUCCCCCUCUCUGAAGCAUAUUGGAGUGGUGGUCUCCACCACUCCUGCUCAUCUCAUCUUUGAAAACAGACAAAAGGACGGGCCAAUAUGGUCACACUCUUAUCUAAGGAAGCAUGUUGUGUGGGAGAACCAGGGAAAGGCCUGAACAUGUGCUGCUGGUGAACUCCUGCAAGUUUCUGGCUGGUGCUCUCAAAUAUGCGAUGGUGCCCUUCCAUGGACCUUGGGCCAGAUCCUGCAAAGCAGUUAUUGAAAGAGGGUCAGGAUUUGUUGCUUUUGUUUUGAAGUAGUUGGGUAAUUUGAUUGUAGUUGGUAAUGAGGCAUUUCCUUUCUUUGCUCCAGGUGUGUCCCGCCUUUUCCUUGUAAAUUCUAGAUGGAUUAUUAAAGCAUUAUCUUCGAGCAUUAUUAUGGGGGUCAGAGUAAUACAUUUUGUUACAUGGGUGCUGUUGUAGUUACCUUUCAGUGGAAAGGUGGAAUAUAAUCAUGUAUAAAUGCACAUGCGCAAACACACAUGCAUACUCAGAAAUAAUAAAAUUCAUUCUUAUAAA